GAGAAAGACAUUGCUUCCCGCGUUUUCCAUGUCCAUGAUGUCCAAUUCUCUUAAUUUUCUUCAUGCGUGCAAGCUAUUCCUAUAAUCUCUCCCCCCCCAUCACCACCCCAAACAAAUAAAUAAAAUAAAAUAAAUAAAACCCAAGAAAAAUAAUAGCAUUUUCUUGGUCCUUAGACAGUUUCAGUUCUCUUUAAGCUUCUUCAUCCAUCAUUCACCUCAAGUUUCUUUUUCUCUCUUUCUCUCUUACACCCUUUGCUUUACAAUUCUCUCUCUCUCUCUCUCUCUCUCUCUCUUUCUUUUAUUUAAAACAAUAUAUCCCAUCAAAUAUCUUUAACUAAUUUUCUGAAUUAGCUUUCCUCUCAUCGCUUUCAUAUAUCUUUCCGAAGUUAUUUUCUGUCUUUUCCCAUCUGGGUCUUAUCCAUUUUGGACGUCGGGUUCGAAAAAGCUUAAAAAGUUUGGUUCUUUUUUGUUGUUCAUUUUUUUGUUUAUCUGAUAUUUGAGGUUAAGAUUCAUUGUUUUAGGUGGAGUGAGUAUUUGUUUUAUAGCUGUAACUUUGCUGGGUUUAGGAUCUAUUUGGAUGUUUUUCAUAUAGUUCUUGAUUUAGGCAAAGAAAACUUUGAUAUAUAUUGGAAAUUAACUUGAUAAAAGCUUGCUCAUAUGGUAUUUUUAUAAAAGUUCCGACAUAUAAAAUUUGAUGGUUUUCUUCAUAUAGAAGUGGAAGCGCAAAAGAUCAAGAUUUGGUAAAAAAAAGUUCUGAUAUAUUCUGGGUUAAUUUGUUCUGGUUCCCCCUCCUCCCCUUAGAUCUGAAAUCCAAAGCCAUGGGAAGCCAUAUGAGCAAGAGAAUCUCAGAAACAGCCUCUGCUAUCAAUCUCAACACCAAUUUACACUACACAACUGAGUUGAGCUCUUAUGAAGCUGCUUGCAAGGUUGACGAAGACUUGCAGUCCUUUGACACCAAUCUUCAAGCACGAACCAAUCAGGUAAUCAACACCCUUGCUGUAGGUGUUGAAGUUCGAGCCCUUUCAUUCGAUUCCCUCAAAGAAGUCACAGAAUGCCUGUUGGAGAUGAACCAGGAGGUUGUGAAAGUAAUCUUGGAAUGCAAGAAAGACAUAUGGAAGAAUCAAGAAUUGUUUGAGCUUGUGGAGGAGUAUUUCGAGAACAGUUUGCAGACUCUAGAUUUCUGCACCGCAUUGGAAAAGUGCCUGAAACGAGCCCGUGACAGCCAGUUGCUGAUUCUUGUGGCGCUUCAACAGUUCGAGGAAGAAACCGAAGUGGGUGAGAAACGGUAUGUAAAAACUCUGGAGGAAUUGAAGAAUUUUAAAGCUGCUGGUGACCCUUUCACUGAAGAAUUCUUCCAGAUAUUCCAAUCUGUUUACAAGCAGCAGAUUCAAAUGCUUGAGAAAUUGCAACUCCGAAAGAACAAAAUCGAUAAGAAGCUCAAAUCUAUACAUGCUUGGAGGAAAGUCUCCAGCAUGAUAUUUGUAGCCACUUUUGCUGCUGUUUUGCUUUGUUCAGUUGUUGCAGCAGCUAUGGCUGCUCCUCCUGUUGCUUCAGCUUUAGCUGCUGCUACUUCUAUCCCAUUGGGAUCAAUGGGGAAGUGGAUUGACUCUUUGUGGAAAAACUAUGAAAAUGCAUUGAAGGGCCAGAAGGAAGUGAUAAGCUCAAUGCAAGUAGGUACCUAUGUUGCCAUUAAGGACCUGGAUAGCAUUCGGGUUCUCAUCGACCGUUUGGAAAUAGAGAUUGAAUCUCUUUUGCAGACCGCCGGUUUUGCAAUCGAAGAAGAAGCUGUGAAGGUUGGAAUUGAAGAGAUUAGGAAGAAGCUAAAAGUGUUCAUGAAGAAUGUUGAAGAUUUGGGUGUGCAAGCCGAUAUAUGUAGCAGAGACAUUAGGAGGGCAAGAACUGUGGUUCUGCAGAGGAUCAUAAAAAACCCCAACAACUGAAAAAUGAAACCGGGUUCCUUGUAUUGAUAAACUGGCUUGAGAAAGUUACCAAAAUUUAUGUAGUUCAUUUAUAUAUAUCUAUUUAUGUUUUAUGGUAAGAUUCAUUGAUUCUUAAUUAGAUUUGUAUAAGAGAAAAGCAGGCAAUUGAAUUCUCAUGUUUUAGAAAAAGUGCUGCAAAGACUAAUUAUUCUGUUUU